AUGCUCCCCACUCCGUGCACAUCCCACGUCUCCUUCGACACCAUCUACGAACCCUCCGAAGACUCUUACCUCUUCCUCGACACCCUCGCCUCACCGUCCGAAUCAGCAUGGCUCACUCAACGCUUCAACGCUACCUCCUCGUCCCCAAACCAAUCCACCGCCUCACCCCUAGUCGUUGAGCUUGGAACCGGCUCAGGAGUCGUGCUCGGCUUCGUAGCAGCCAACUCGCAAGUGAUCUUUGGACGGCGCGAUAUCCUCCCUCUAGGAAUUGACGUGAAUCGGAAUGCCUGCAUUGCGACCCGUGAAACAGCCAAUAAAGCAAUUAAAGAACGACAAACCGAUAAUGAAUCAGAAGCCAACUGUCAGAAGACGGUGUAUCUGUCCUCAGUCAUGGCUGAUCUAGGGAGCUCCCUUCGCCCAGGCAGCGUGGACGUCCUUAUGUUCAAUCCGCCGUACGUGCCCAGCGAGGACUUGCCGCGCUUACCCUCCGUCACAGAACAGGAUGUCGACGAGUCGGGGAUGUCGAGGUCUGCGAAGUUUGAGCGCGACUCGUACUUCUUGUCGCUGACGUAUGCUGGAGGGCGAGAUGGGAUGGAGACGACGGAUCGGUUGUUGGAGGAGAUCCCCGGGUUGUUGGCUCCUGGUCGUGGAGUAGCAUAUGUGCUGUUUUGCGCGCAGAAUCGGCCGCAGGAGGUUAAGGAGAGGAUCAGGGCUUGGGGAGAUGGAUGGCAGGCAGCAACAGUUGGCAACAGUGGUCAGCAGGCUGGGUGGGAGAAGUUGGUUAUUGUUCGGAUAUGGAAGGAAACAGCGUGA